CGUCGCCCUUCUGCUUUCUGUGGAUUUUCGUUAUCUGUGGUGACGUGCGCCCAAGGCCGGAAGGUGUGCGGUUCUUCGUUAUCGAAAAUAAAUUAUUUUAUUAUUUUUCUAUAACUUAUCUUAACAUGCGAUAGUUCCGUGCGAAAUACGUUACUUAAGUUUUAGAGCGUUCGUGUGAAAUUUUCGCAUUUCAACGGCAACAUAUCUGUGAAUUAAAGCGACUGGGAUAGGGAAUCACCGGUUCCCGACGUAAACAUUUGAAUUUCUUGGAUUUCUUCAUGUGUGAUGGGAGAUAGUGACUGGAGACCGUUUAUUUACGGCGGCCUUGCGUCGAUCGUCGCCGAAUUUGGUACAUUCCCAAUAGACACAACAAAGACUCGUCUGCAGAUCCAGGGUCAGAAGAUAGACCCUCGCCAUGUGGAGCUCCGAUACACGGGCAUGGUCGACUGCUUCGUCAAGACUUCCCAGCAGGAGGGGAUCAAGGCAUUGUACUGCGGCAUCUGGCCAGCUGUCCUCCGACAAGCGACCUACGGCACGAUAAAGUUCGGCACAUACUACUCGCUGAAGUCCUGGAUCGCGGCGAACCGCGCUGAUGGUGGCUCCAUCGAGCACCUCCCCACCAACACCUUCUGCGCGGCCUUCGCAGGAGGCCUGUCCAGUGCCAUAGCAAACCCCACUGAUGUGCUUAAAGUUAGGAUGCAGGUGAGCGACGAGAAGCGCGGUCUGGUCCGCUGCUUCGGCGAGAUCUACCGGCUGGAGGGGGUGCGCGGGCUGUGGCGCGGCGUGGGCGCCACGUCGCAGCGCGCCGGCGUCAUCGCGGCCGUGGAGCUGCCCGCCUACGACGCCUGCAAGAAGCGCCUCACGCCCGCGCUCGGCGACUCGCCUCUUAAUCACUUUGCGUCCAGCCUCAUCGCCAGUCUAGGGAGUGCUGUGGCUAGCACGCCGCUUGAUGUUAUACGGACGCGGCUAAUGAACCAAAAAAAAUUGAAAGGUCAGGUGGUCAAGUCUACUGAGACGAUAUACAAAGGCACGAUAGACUGCUUCCUACAGACGGUCCGCAACGAGGGUUUCCUGGCACUAUACAAGGGCUUCGUGCCGACAUGGCUGCGCAUGGGACCUUGGAACAUCAUCUUCUUCCUCACCUACGAACAGCUCAAGAUCCUCUACUGAACUGUGACCUAGUCAUAUUGCC